AUGGCCUCCGCGCCGCCGAUCGACCUGGAGGGUUUCUGUCUCGCCGUGCGCUACAACGUGUUCGCCAACUACCGGACCCUGCCCGUGCGCUGUGCGCAGCGGUCUUAUGAGCAGCUACCAGUGCGGUAUCGCGCCGGGCUCGAGGCGAUUUCGGCCGAUGUGCUUCAGCAGCAGCAGCACCGUAACCAGCAGCAGGGCAGUGCCGAUGCGGUCAGCGCCAGCGAUGAGGCUGCCAAUGUCGCGGUGUCGACGAGUGUCGGCAGCGGCGGCGCCGCGAACAUGGGCCACCCUCGUGGCCGACGCUCCGAGGGGUCUUCGGCGGGCUUGUCAGCAGCCGCGCCAGGGACUGUGGGCUACGUCACAGAGGGUUGUCGCGACUCCGUCACCUUCAUUGGCACGGGCUACUACGGCGCUGGUGCUCGUGGCGGUACAUGGCCAGCCACCAUGAACCUCUCCGGGAGCAUCAGCGCAGCGUCGACGGCGACAACUCCAGCUGCGAGCCCCGGCUGGCUGAGCAGGGGCGGAAGCAUGUGCCUCGACACGUCGGUGUUUCCUUCGCUUCCCUCGUGCGCUAUGGAAGAGCGAGCGACAGCGACGAUUGCGUCGCCUGUGUCGGUCCUCACAACCUCUACACCAGGGGGCGCCACUGCGCCCGGGGCGGCUGUCUCCCCACUGCCUUCGUCGUCGCCGACGUCUGCUGUGACCACCACGUCGGCCACAAUAGGCGACGCAGCCGCAGGGGCAGGGCUUGCCUCCAGAGUGGCGCUGCUGCAUCACGUCCAGCAGACCAUUCAAUCCUUCAUCGCGCGUGGCGAGCGGGAGGUGGCGCUGCACUUUAUAAUGGCCACCGCCCCGUACCGCUUCUGUGGCACGACGGACAGCGACCGCGUACUUGCAUUCUUCAACCAGAUUCGCUUCUUCCUGCCGUCCCCACGCUUUGGCAUUGUCAUGCUCGCGAUGGAGGCGUGGCGCUCCCUGUACCGGCCGAGCGUCGGAGCCGGGGCAGCGGACUGCACGCACAUGACACUGGAGCUGCUGGCGCUGAUAGAGACGUACCUAUGCCAUGGGCGCACGUACGCCGAGUACGUGUCAGGGUUGCUCAUGCUGCGUGCGGUGUUGGCGCUUGCUAUGGAAAACAGCACUUUUUGCAGUCGCACGGCGGCGGCGGUGCUGCUGCAGCACCGGUCCCUGCUGCAGGGCCGCUUGCCCACCUUCCUGCUCGCGGUUUGGCUGAUACUGAUGGAGCUCUACACCAUCGACGACACCGUGUUGCCACCACGACGGGUUUUGCGCGACCUCGCCGCCAACGCCAUGCAGGACCUGUUCACGGUGGCUUUGGAGCUGCACAUGACGCUGCCGGUGCAGAACGUCGUCGCCAACGCCGUGAACGUCUUCUUCGCAGGCCCGCAGCCGCAGCCUCAACUCGGCCUCUCUCCACUCGUCACUGCGUUCUCUGGUGGGGCCGCAGUUUCGGUGGAGCCGGCCCAUCGUGGCGGUGCUGAGGCGAGCAACAGUAGUUCCAUCAAUGCCAAGGCCACGGCGGCGGCGGUGAAAACCGCGCACUCCCUGUACUCAACCGCUGCGAGCAAUGCCGGCAAGAACGUUGACUCUGAAGCCAUGAUGCUUCCGCUUCCUCUUCGCACGUUGGAUGUGCCUGCUGCUGCCGCUGCUGCAGUCGGCGUCGGUGUCGGCGUACGGGGAAGCGGAGUACCAGGAUCAGGAGCUGCCCGAAGCCCGUUCCUUUCCCGGCCUACACCCAGCAUCGGAAUGGCGGCCUCGGACGACACGGCAAACACCGCGGCGGCGCCAUUGCAGCCGCUUCGCGUGCCUGAGGCUGGUGGGGCCUCGGCGGCGGCGUCCGCCUGUCUCUCUCGCGACCCAACCGAGAGCAGCCAGUCGACGCUGCGAACAAGAGUCGUCACACUAGCGUCACCGGUUCCGCAGGCGCCAGCGUUCUCGUAUCGCGCCGUCACGAAGUCGAUGUGGGCUUCUGUGAAGCGCGCUGCGCGGCGCCUCGCCCAUUCAACAUCAGUGCCGUCGCCGUCACCAGCGCUAGCCACCGCUGCCGCCGUUGACAGCCGCCGCGACGCGACUGAGGCUGCCGGCGCGACACAAGACGCAGCCAGUGACGCGUUUGUGGGGGUGCUUGAGCCGUCGGCUUCCGAUCUACCUCGACGCGUGGCGUCCGCGCGCACCAUGGCCACCAAUCGACACCCGUCGCCGCCGCUGCUUGUUGAAGUUCUCGAGGACAUUUUCCGUGAGUCGAUGGAAGCUGACUUGUCAGAGCACGCGGAGGCGGUUGUGCGGUCGACGGGCAGUGUGCAGCAACGAGUGCCCCUCUACACAACCUCCGCAGCUGCCGGCAGUCACUGGCUCGUACAGAGCAGCAGCUCACCUUCUUCCCAGGUCGUGCGACGGGUCGCUGUCACGAACAGUACCGCAGGCGGAGGUCGUGGCACCAUGCGGUCCCCGUACCACGCACUCCGGCAGCCCAGUGCAACCGGCUCGCCAUUGUUGCGUCCGGGGUCGUGGGCGCAGCGUCGACAACAGCGACGCAGCUUCAGCGUCACAGCUGCAGCGGCCACGACGCUGGGGCUGGAGUCGUCGUCAGCGUUCAGCGACUCGUUGUGGGGCGACACUCCCUUCGAUGGCACUGCGCCCAACCGAGACGCGCUCUGGACAUUACCGCUGGCACGCGCUCUCCGUGCGGCCGGCCGGCCACAGACAUUGGAGGCCACCGUGGCGGCGUCGACGCUCACGCUGGGCGCGUUUCUGUGUGCGUGGCGAAUUGCAGGCCUCUCCGACGAGACGGACCCUGACUAUGCGGGGAGCCGCGCAUCGCGGCAUCCGAGUGGCAUGGCUACGGCAGCUGCGGCCUCACUUGGCGCCAGCCCUACAGAGGUCUCCAUCGUUCCAUCCGGCGAGCCACCCCUGCCGCGCUACUUCGGCCCUGCGUCUGGUGGAGCCGGAGCGGGCGACGCUGACCCAUUCACCGAGGGUUGUGUCCUUCCGUUCUUGACGUCGGAAAGCCUCGUCGCAGCUGCGGGCCCCGGCGUCCCGGCGGGCUGUCGGGACUCUCUUGGUGAGUCGGUCGCGCUGCCGUACCCGUCACCCGCGACGGGUGGCUCGACGGCGAUGCCAUCUGGCGUCGGCGCUUCUAGUGGGGCCUUUGGGGCCUCUACAGGUGAGCCGGAGAAGCCGGUGCCGAUGCUGCCGACGCCGAUUUCUGCGCUCGCCAGCCGCACCGGGGCGUCGCGGUGCCGCGGAAGGUUGCUGGCAUCCACCGCCACCGAUGCGGAUCCGGAGUGGCAGAGUGUGGAGAGCGCUGCGACAAACGUGUACGUGCCUCCUGUGGCGGGCGUGGCGCCCCCCAUCGUGCGGGCUUCAGGCGCAGCCUCGAGGGCGGCACGGGAUGAAGUGUCGGCCGCCACGCCGGCUGUGUCUACCGACAUGGUGGCACUGCUUGCGGUGUCACCAUUGGCAGGGCCAAGAGCAAGUCCCUCGCUACAUGUGGCUCAGGGCGCAGUAGCCACAGCCGCAACGGCCGGAAACGGGCUGGACAACACGAGCGCGGAUCAUGUGACACCAGCAGGACUGCCAGGAGUUGCUGCCGCCGCCGCCGUUGCAACGCCAGACGCAGCCCUCUUUCAUAGCUUGGCAUGCACGAACGGGAGCAUGCAGGGCGCAGCCGGUCUCGUAGCGUCAGCGACAGUGGCAGGUCGCCAGAGCGGACUCCCCGCUACCAUACCGACGUCGACGGCGGGCUUGUGCAGGGCGCGCGUCCCUCCCACCGCGGCGGCGGAUGCCAGCGUCUCUGACGACUCGCGCUCACAAGUGGGCGCGCGCGGCGCUGACGAUACGGCGAGGUCCACGAUGACGGCGCCGAGGCCCGCUACGGCUACUGGUACUGCCGAUGGUCGACCGAACGUGGCAGCAACAGUAGCGCAGACGCCGUCCCUCUCUUUCUUCUUGCCCUCGUGGGUCGCGGUGCGAGUGAUGGAGCGCUGCGUUCGUCCUUGCUGGGACGCCACCGACCCUGCCGCACUGUCCUCCACAGCAGACGGUGUGAGGACGGCAACGAGGCGCACAAGCGCCGUGGCGGUGACCAAGGAAGCAGAAAUCCUCCUCAGCAGCGUGGUACCACUCCUCUCCCAGUACUACGUGGACGCGCUCUCCGCCAGCGCCGUGACGGCGGCGACGCAAGUGCUCGUGAACCGUGCCAUUCAAUCAGUGAAGUCUCUCUCGCAGGGGCUGCGUGAUUGCAGUAGCCGCCUCGACGCCAACAGUUGUGGCGGCGCACCUACCGAAACGACAGCGCGCGCAAGCUCAGGCGGCACUACUCUGCCCUCCUCGUCAGCGUCUCCCGAGUCUAACGUCGCGCCACGUGACUCAGACAUGGGUGCCCCCCACAACGGCGCUGAGCCACCGGCAUCAUCGCCGCGUGCGACAGCGCCCACCGACACCGCCUCUCCUGCCACCGCCGCCACCCCCUCGACACCAUUCGCCUCACCGUUUUCGACUUGGCCGGCAGAGGACAGCGCCCUCGUGGACGGAACAGAGUUGCUGAACGCUAUUCUGUUCAUGACGACGGUGGCAGAGCGCUAUCCUGCUGUGUACGAGCGCAUGAUACAUCAGAGGCUCUACCCGCUACUUCAUCACAUAUUGCUGCUGCACAACGCCGCUGUCGAGGAACCGCAGCUGUGGCUCUCCAUGCCCCUCUCCUCUGCGGCGGUGGCCGCACACCUCAAAGUCGGUGACCGAGCGGCGGCGGUUCCUCCUCUGGCGCCGCAACAACAGCAGCAGUGCAACUCGCAGUCCGCAACCACUCCCACUGCCAUGGGGGGCGAGGCGGUCAUCCAGCGAAUGCGGCUGAUCACCGCCCGGACCAUGUAUCAGCGCCUCGCAAUGCCGGCGCUGGUUCUCCUCUCGUACAACAUGCCCGACGACGCAUGUGCGCGUCGGUGCUACCCACUGGUGGUGCGGCUGGCGCAGCUGGGACUGCGACGGCCUUUCUCGAUGGCAUCCGUCACCACGGCAUUGUGCAUCUGUACCGUGUACCCGCCCCUCUCCCGCGUUUGCCAGUCCGAGCUGGUGCGAGCGAUGACCGUUGUGCUGGCAACCCCGGAUGACGGGCUCAGUGACGGAGACGACGAUGGUGCCAACAACGCGGCGGCGACGACGGCGUCGCGAGAGGCAGAGGUGGACGGCGUGAGGGUGACGCUCCACUCUCGUCGAGUACCGCCGCAAGCCCGGCCCGAAGAUGAGCCGCGAGGCACUCGCGAGGAGGAUGUCAUGACGAGCAAGCCAGCCGGGCCGGCUCGGGGUGCAGUGCUGUCGCCUAGACCCCUCCCAAUGGCCGCUGCUGUCGCAGCGGCGUCUCAGGCAUUGCUGCCGAGGCCGUCCUCGCGUCGGGCCGCGCCAACCACGGCUGUCGCGGCCACCAGGAGUGCGGCCCAUCCGAUGUGGAGGAACCGGCUGAACCCCCAGCUCUUUGUCCCUUUCUCCACAAACGUCGGGCACCUGCGCCUCCCUGCGGAAUUGGUGCGGGGCGCGCGGCGCAGACAGGCAGCUCAGACGCGCCUCAUCAAGCACCACUGCUUCCGCGCCAUGAGCCUCUUCUACAGCAGCUGGGAGGGCACUACCCUCUUCUUCCUCGAAGUGUGCCUUCCAUACUUGUGGCACCCCGAUGCGCAGCUUCGAUUGGAAUGUGUGCAGUGCUGCAUGCGCUGGCUGCUGUCGGACUGCUGGCACUCCACGGAUCAGGCAUUGCUGCAUCACCAUGCCACCACGCCCACUGCCAGCGCGGGUGGUGUCGAUGCAGCUCUGUCGACGGCGCUGACCUCGUUCCGCGGUAGCGUGACGGCCGCCGUCACCCGUGCUCCAGUGCGCGACCCGCGCACGACCGCGAACAGCGGCAGCAGCCCCAAGGGCGGCGUGCACGGGACAACCGCGCUGCGGUGCCUCACAACCCUUAGCGCACCAGGGCCGACACAGGCUGGACAAGUGCGCGUGCCGUACCAUGCGCCGCCCCGUCGGGCCGCAAAGGUCCUUCGCAGUGGUGUCUCGUCGGGGUUCGACGAGGGAGCAACAGCGGGGCUGGCGAUGCCUGCUGCCACAACGCGAGCAUCAGCGAUGCCGAUCUUCACGGUGCAGCAUCACGGACGCACGCACGUCAACGCUCUGCGAGAAGUGGUGCACCACUUGGUGGAGCUGGCCGUCUGCGACCCGGAGCCGCUCAUUCGGAAGUGCGCGCUGGAGAGUCUCUCGCCGGAGACCUAUCCUUUGCUGUACCCCCAUGACCCAUUCCUGCACCAGCUAUUCACGGUGCUGUGGGAUAGUCACAUGCCGAAUCGAAGCAGAGCAGCUGUGCUGCUCUGCGCUCUGGCGCCGCUGAACCCGUCCUCUAUCUUCCCCCGCCUCCGCCAGGUGUUGGUCCAGUACACAGAGGACUUGACGAAUAGCAUUGCGCGACUAGCAGCUCCUUCCCUGCCUGCAACGUCGACCUCAGCGCCCCUGCCCGUCGCACCACCCGGGCACAUCCACGAGGACGCGCUCUUUGUGUUGUUCCAGAUCACGUCUCGGCUGAAGCAAUCAACACACCUCUACUUGCCGCAACUUCUGUCGAUUGUGUCUUCGGUGCUGCGCAGCAGGUCGUCGCCGCGCGGAUCGGUGCUGCAGGCGUUGCACUUCCUUGUUGCCUUGCGCGAGGACAGCACCGAGGAGCAGUCGCCACUCUUCGCUCCCUUUUUCGACCUCGUUGCCCAGCAGCUGAUUGACGGCGACGGCGACACUGCACGCCUGCUGGCGACGGUGGCAGCACUGCAGAGCUUGCUGCAGCAGUUCACCGGCUCGGCGCACUCCUCAUCGCAUACCCUGCCGAUGGUGGUGGAGCGCCUGCACUCGCUACUGUACCGCAAACCCUCCGUUGUGACGGAGUUCGCCAUGGCUGUGCUGCAGCUACUGGGCACAAUCAGUAGCAUCGAGCCGUGGGACCCUGAGGCGGCGCCGCGCGCACCGGCGCUACUGCGUCGACCGCAGAACCGCUACGCCUUGCCGCCGCUCUCCUCGUCGGCUGGCGUGCUAGGUCGCGGCAGGGCAGUGCGCUCAAGGUGGCUUGACAGAGAUGAGAGGGCGGACACCGCUGCAGAGGCACUUGCGCAGCUGCAGAAGGCGGACCGCUUCGCCCCGUUCACGGCGCGCGCGUGGUGCGACACGGUCCUGCGCGCGCUGUUGCGCACCGUUUCCGGAUACGUGAAUGGGACGAUGAGCCAGACGCAGGGAGGUCUGUGCACGUGUCUCGCCGCCAUCAUGAACAUCUUGACCAACACCGUGGCCAUUCACCAUCUGGAGUUGUACCUGCCGACGGUGCUGACGCUCGUAAUCGACCUCCUCGAGAAGCGGCAGACGCGGUGGCGCGACAUCGAGACAGCGUAUCAGUCGUCGGCGGUGGGGCCCGCAGAGGUAGGUAAGAUCAACGACUCCUCGGAGGCGAUACGGCAGCUCUUCCUGCGGAGACUGUUUGACCUGGUCCUUGUUGCCGGUCGCCGUAUUGGUCCGAUGUACCCGCUGCUGAAUGUUUUUCUGCGCCGCAGCUGGAGGACAAUGUCACCGCGCGGCCUUGUACAGUGCUGCGAGGUACUUGAUGCCCUGUGCUGGGCAGUGCCGGACUUGCUGCGCGACGACUACGACGUGUGGAUCCCGUCGCUGCUGGAGGCACUGAUUCAGUACGACGCGCUGGUGGUGACUCACUGUCGCGCGCACGAGGGGGUGCCAGACAGCGCUCCUGCUGCCGUCAACACGUCGACAGGAGCCGCGGCCACCGGCACAGCCGCCGGCGCCGCUGUUACGCCUGCAGAGAGUGAAGAGACCCCAGUAGCGCCGGCCAGCACAUCGCGGAACUUCUCAGCGUCGGCGAACCGUAUGAGUCCCGCCCGACAUGGGAGCGUCGCUGCGGAUGCGAAUGACAGCGGCCGCAGCCCGCUGAAGAUGCCGAACACACAACCACAAUCGCUGCACAGCGCGGCAGUUGCUGACGGUACCGAGGAGGCUCCGUGGGAGCAGCAGCUGAAGCUUGUCUAUCAAGCCUUGACCCUGUGCUUGACAUCGUUGCAGCCGCUAGUGCCUCCGCUGGCGAAGAGGUUCGUUGCGGUGAGCCUGUCUGAGUGCCUGAAGUCGUCACACGUGCCACGCCGCGAAGCAGUGCGACGCACCGCAGCGCCGCCAGCAGCGGCCGCACCAACGGAUGGCCGCGCGGAGCAGGGCAGCGGCUUCGAUGCGGCGCACAGCGCCACGCUCGCCACAUCGACGCGUUCAUCGCUGCAGAGUCUUUGGCCAGCUACCGUCGCCACGACGGCGUCAGCCGUUUUUGAUCUAAUGGCGGACCCGCACGAGGAGCUCAUCUCUUUCCUGAACGCGUGUGUCUGCCGGCCUCUGCUGGAGUACAUGGUGCACAGUAACCUCUCCACUGUCUCCAUGAAGCUGGUCAAAAACUUGCUGUCACGUUUGGAGUCGCUGAGUGCCGUGCACGAGGAGGCGCUGCAGCGGUUGUGGGGCGCCAUGAGCCGGCGUACCGCGUCGCUGCUGUCGCAGCCCGAAGGCAACAACGGCCUAUCCUGGAUACCGGACGUGGCGAGCGGCACUGCCGCCUGUCCCGAUGGCAGCGUUGGCUCGCUGGCCGCGCCGGCGCGCGCGCAGCUGGAGGUGAAGCUACGCGAGGCGCGAGAGCUGCUACAUCUGCAGCGUGCGCGGCAGCACGGGGAGGGCGUUGGCUCGGCCAACGUCAGCGGCUGCGGUGCCGGUGCCUUCUCCUCGAUCGCCACCUUCAACUCAGCGCCGCGAUCGGCGAGUGAGGCGCUUUGGUUCAAAAACGCUGCGCUCAGUUGCAUGUGGGUGCAGAGCGCCGACCGCGCGGUGACGGUGCGGCGCUACUUUCCUUUCGACGCGGUGCACACCUCCUGGGAGACCGAGGGAGAAGUCCAGCUGCUCGGGUGUCUGCUUGUGUCGGCUGCGUGGCACCACCCACCCUCGACGACCGCGUUCGCGACGACGCUGCACACGUACUUUGCGCAGCGCUUCGGCCCUGACAGCGUUGCGGUGGCGUACGUGCGCUGUAUCUGCUCCAGCUACUAUAAUUUGUGCAUGCCGCUCGCGUCUGCGCAUGACGAGGAGAUGGCGGUUAAGUGGGCUGUGCAACAGCAGCAGCGAGUCGCAAACACAGGCUCUGGCAGCGACGCCGGCACUGAGAGCGACACCUUGUUCACCACCGCGACGCGAUUGGCUGGGAUGCGCGACCCCGGGUUUUAUUAUGCCGCUGGCCAGAUCAUGCGAGAGGGCAGCGCCGACGUCAUCCUCCGUCAUCUGAGUUCUCCUCUCACCCAAACAGCCGUGGCAACGGCGCCUGCGCGGAGGAACACCGUCGUCUCGCCGAGAGAUGGUGCCGCAUUGCCGGGAUCGUCUGGCAUGGGCAGUCGUGCCGUCAGUUGGGAGGAGGACGCGCCGGCGCCUGCCAUCGCGGAAGGUGAAGGCACAUCCGCGCCCUCCUCUGCCGCUGCGACAGCCUUCGUUGGUGCAUCGGGGACACGCGCGACGACUCGAUGGGCCCAGGGUAGCAGCGCGGCAGCCUCGCUAGGCUCUGCUCUGACCACCACCGCCAUCGUGUGCGGAGACAGCGCGAACAUGGCGUUGGCACGUCCCAUGACGGCGUACCCGAGCAUGGAAUGCCUUGACAGCAGCAGCGACGGACGGCAUUCAGCUGAGAUGAACACGACGGUGCGCUUCUCCGACCAUGACGAGGAUCAGGACGGCAACAGGCGCACGUGGGCGGAUUCGCACUACGCACACCACGCGAGAAGCGGCAAUGGUGGUAGCGCGAUGCCACACCGGCCGCACAUCAGCUCCCAGCAGCUAAAUGCGAACCAGCUCCAUCAACUGCAGUACCCGUUGCCGGCCAGGACAGCCACCUCGACACCCUUCUGCGGCCCCAACUCCCUCCCUCGCACGAUCACGGCACACAGCAUCAAUGGCGCAGAUACGUCGCUGUUAACGACGCAUAACCACAGCCCCACCACAGUCACCCUGGCCAUCCCCGUCGAGGCGGGGGUCGGCGGCUCCUUGGACAACUACGUGAAUGCCUCAGCGCCCGUGGGUGUGCCUGGCCCGCGCAGCGGAAGCGGUAGUGGCUCCUCGUUUUAUCCUGGAAGCUUCUUCACAAGCGCCGUUGUCGCGGAGGGGCGGGUCGGCUGCGAUGGCGGUGCAUGCAGAGGCGUCGUGAACAGCAGCCCUCAUCGCCAUCACCUACACGCCUCGCUCGGCGCGGGUGGUGGGGGGUCGUCAGCAGACGUGGAGUCGGUCUACGGGCGCGGUGGCAGCGAGGCCGUGCCGCCUGCGCACGCGCCGGUCGGUGGCGGCACUGGGGCGCACCUCACGACCCCCAUAUGCCGACCCUUUCAGCUGCCCCAUCCACAGCCGUUCCCGGCAGGACAGUCGUACGGCCCCUACCCCAUCAGCAGCAGGGCCUCGCCGAAUGUGACCCUUGGCCAGCAGCCAGCGGUUUCACCGUCAGGCAGUGCAGGGAUGCUUUCAGUCGGCUCGCUCACCGCCGCCUCAGUCGACCCCCCCCGGGGCGCUCUGGGACUUCCCGCUUCGGUCUUCAGCCCUGUCGGUGGUGCUGGUGGAGGCACACCUGGAGCGGCUGGUGGACCUGGCGGCAUACCGCCGCGAUGGCGCUUCGCGUCGAUCGCGGCGUCUGUCACUGCCGUCGAUGCGGCGUCUCCAAACAGCUUUACGACGCCACCGGCUGGUGGUGGUGUCGGUGGCGCUACCCUUCCUUUCACUGUGGCCUCCCAUGAUGCCGCAGCGGUGCAACAGCAUGCGUGUCGGCGACUGUCGCCCCUCAUCUCCCAUACGCCUCUGCAUCACCACCUGUCGUGUGGUACAGUGACGCCAGCUACGGCAACUACGCGGAGCCGCGGUGGCUCGGGCAACGACUUGAGCGGGUACCAGUUGCCGCCGCCGCCGGUGCAGCACGCGCAGAAGCCGCCGCCUCCCGCGCCUUUCUCUGCCGAGGCGAGCGCCACCUCGGCUGCGACUUGGACAGCCGCAGCCGGCGCGGUGCGUUCGACGGCGACCACGGCGACGGGUACUCCGCCGCUGAGAGCAGAGAUGCGCAUCUUGACAUCGGCCGUGCAGUCGCCAACUGCGACUACGCAGAUGGACCACGAUGACUCAACUUCGCCGGCUGCGGAGGCUGCUUCUGGUAGGGUUGGGAAGGAAGCAGCGACGUCGCCGUGUGUGGUGAGAGAGAUGUCGGAAGCGUGUGCAGCUUUUGCAUCGGCGCACGAGGCCGGCGAGGUGGCGCACAAUAACUCGCUUAUCGCUUACUUCGAGCUUCAUCGAUCUAUUUCCGGGCACGGCUGGCGCUCGUGGUGGGAGCAGUUCUGUCUUUACUUGCUGCAAUGCAGUCCGGACUACUGCAUUCAGGCCUGCGAGCCCUUUGCGCGGCAGCACCACAUUGCCUUCUCGUACUCGGAGCUGCUGCCCUUGGCCCUCUUGUCAACGCUCCCGUCCUGCACCGUGGCCGAGCUCGUCGCGUGGCUUCGGGCGCUGCGCGACUUCUACGCCUUCCACACCGACCCUAGCGCUCCUGUGCCGCAGCAGGUCGCCUCUGGGGUGGCGCGCGUCGCACACGAUAUCCGCCUUUACCACCGCACAUUCUUCCCACCAGAGGUGGUGUCGCGAGUCGUGGAUGUCUGGCUGCCGGAAAGUGUCGUGGCGGAGCUCUCGAAUCGCUCGCUCAACCCCCCGUUGCGCAUCCUGUACCUGGAGCAAGACCUGGCCCGCUUCUUCUCCUGGGGAUGUACGGCGCUGCUCAUGGUGUCUGCCGAUGACGUGGCGAGCGCGUUGGAGCGGACGCUAUUCGUGCAAGACCCGCGCUUCCAGCAGUGGCUGAGUGCGGCGGCGGCGACGGCAUCAGAGAUGCGGAGCAGGGGCGGGGCAGUUACCCGUUCUCCAGGACGGUGGCGUCGCAGAUGCAAGGCUGUGGUGAGGUCGGCGGCAGCGGCCGCUAAGUCGUCGUCGUCGACCAUCGACAUCCUAACUCCGUCAGCGCUGGAGAUGCUUGGCUUCCACCACGCAGCCGCGCUCGAGUAUGUGCGAAUGUACGAGGAGCAGCAGCUGAGUGAGCGCGGUGACAGCCGCCACGGUGUGGCAGCGGGCGAGGAUGAGGCUGCACAGCGUAGUCCAGGGCCAACAUCGAAGGACACGGCGACUCGGCACCACUCAAGCGCCGCUGCUGCUCGGUUGAUCAUUGGGGCGAUGCGCUGCCACAUCUGCCUGUGCGACUUUGAGGCGGUGCUGCGACUCUGGGAGGCCGUUAAGGGCAGAGGCGCUGCCGACGCGACCACAUCGAUGACAACCUCUUCCCCGUCUCAAGACGCUUGCAGCGAGGCGUCCGACGGCGACAGCGGCUCGCCCGUGGUGUGGGACGGCUGCGGGCGAGAUAGCUCGUGUGUGCUGAGUCCUGAGACAGCGCGGUACGUGGUGAUGUCUGCCCAGGCUCUUUCUCGGUGGGACUACGUGCAGGAAGCCGCCCACUACGCCUUUGGUCGCGGCAGCGCUGCCGGGCUUUCCUGGACCACCGGUGCGCCGCACGCAGCGCAGGGAAACACGCCCAAGCCGGGCGGGCCUGCUGCAAACUCUGCCGUGACACCACAGGUGCAGCGGCUGCAGCAGCCACCAGGCAGCCCUCGGUGGGCGGAGGAUGUGGGAGAGGAAGGGCGCGCCCAACAGUUCCUGGACGAAGUGUUCUCGUCGGACUUGCCGUCCAGCCCGGGCGGCACGGUCGAGCACCGGGCGGCCGAUCACACCCGCGAGUCGCUCUUGCAGCGGCAGAUGGAGGUGUUCGUUGGCGCGGCGCUCGUGGCGGCGCACGAUUACGACGGCGCGAAGCGGGCCUUGACAGCCGUCCGCGACGGACUACGUGACUCCUACGCUGUCUUUCACAGCGAUAACGAUCGCGUGAAGCUUGAGUGGAGCAGCAUCUUUCAACAGCUGUCCGACUUGGAGGAAGGCAUGCACACGCUUGAGCAGGUGCCCGCAGCCCAGGAAGGGGUGGCCGCCGUGUCGACAAGCACGGAGAGCGGUGGCACGUCCGCGGCGUGGUCAGGUGCGAGGUUGCCAGCUCUGGAUCGCGAGAUCAACGGCAAGCUCUUUCCCGAGGUGACGGUGCGGCGUCUGCGCAACAUCACGUGCCGACCGGUUUCAGCCACUACCACGAUCCUGCAGCUCUUCAUGAUCAUCGCCGUCCGCAGCGCCAUCGCCCCUGUGACCUGGCAGCUUGACAACGUCCUCGCCUUGGGGGAGAAGCUUGAGAAGGCAGGCCAGCCCAUGCGCGCUGUGCAAGUGCUGCACCAUUACGCCAACCUGCCUGUCGUCGCCACGUCCUUCACGACCACGGCGAUGGAGUUCAAGCACCAGCUGAAUCUCGAGAUGCUGCGCCGUCUCAUUCGCAACUUGUCUAGAGAGGAGGACCUACGCGAAGUGCACGCCUAUGUGCAGACAGUGCUGCGGAACGACCUGUGGCUAGCGCGCCGCGCCGCUACGUGGCGGAUGAAUGCGGUGUCGCCAACAUCCUCAUUUUCGGCGUCACCGUCUGCCGCAGCUGCGUCGUCAUCGUGGCCGCUGCGAAACCAGCUUGGGAUGGUGGAUGCUGCUGCUCCGUGUGGUUCCAUGCUCACCGCACAAGAGCUCGGCCCGUCGCUGUCGCACUACCAGGUGGAUCUACUGCUUCUCAGUGUCGCAUGCCGGCGUCGCCUGACACAUGUCCUGCUGCAUCGUGCGCCGCUUGCACAUCGGCCCUCAUCGGUUGCUGUCACUUCGGCCACGUUGGACACGUCUGCGCCGCUCGCAGACGCGACAGUGUCCAGCUCGGCACCGUCGUGGACUUUGGACACGGUGCGGCACCCCACCAACAUGCUCUCACUCCCUAUCAACGUUGAUAGGAAGCCUUGCCGUGUCGCAACGGAUGUCGUAGAGGACGAGAAGGCCACCGGCACAGAUUCCCAUUCACCGGCCGGCUCGUCCAUCACGCGCCAGCCUAGCGACUUUCCAGCUACAACUGCGGCACCGCUGUCCGCCCGGAGCGGCGCUGGCUCAGCAGCAGCAGUGAACUGCACCGGUGACGGUGCAAGCUGUCUUCAUGACUCUGCAGAGAGCGGGCGCGUAGGCAGGAGCGGCACUUCACCGGCGCGGGAGCAGCGCGCCAAGAUGGACGAGGCAGCCGCUACCGCGAUGGGGGAGUCCGUGGAGGCGAAGGAGGAGGCCAUUCUCUCGCUCGAAAGCGUCACAGGGAAGACGGCGAUGUUUGCUGAGUACUACCUGCUCGAGCAAGCUGUCGCGGUCACCUGCUACGUGCCAUCCGUAUGGAGAGAGUUCGGGCUCGUCUUGUUUGAUGUCUGUAUGGCCAUUCACGCGGAGUGGAGGUCGACAGGGGACGAGGCGACGAAGCGGAACUUCCUGGCACAGUCAGCCAAGGCGAUUCACGGCCUGCAGCUUGCAGCGCAGCUGUGGCGCAGCCAGUCAGAGUCGGUCUUCAGCCGCGGUAUCGGCCCCUUCCCCGCCACGAUGUUGCGUCGCCACGGGCAUGCACGAACAGCGUUGCCAUCGGCCCACUUGCUCUUAAAGGCGCUUCACUUGGCAGUCACGUGCGAGGUCAUUGUGCAGGACGAUGCGCGGGCUGCUGCAGCCAGCGCCACCGAGGCAGCAACAGCGGCCACCGCCGCAGCGGUGGUGGCGACUCCCAGCCUGUCGCUUGCUCCGUUCUCUGCAUCUUCGCCGGGGUCGCGACCAUCCUCGUUGGGAGCCUGCAGCGGGACCGCGAAGGCCGCAGACGGGGCGGAAGUGGCAAGCGGUACAGGCGAUGGCGGUCGCCCGUGUAGCGCGUUCACGACUCCACGGUCCUUGUCCGCGAGUCAGCGCACAGAGCAGCCUCGCGCGGGGGCGUGUGAAGCUGGGACGACAGAGGGGACGGAGACGGAGAACAGUAGGGACCCGACGGCCAUCGAGAACAGUGCCGACACCACAGCGCAGCCUUCUCCGCAUUGGGCCUCGCAGCCACAGCCGGCCGCUGCUGCCGCCGUUACCGAGCAACAGGGCGGCUUUGCCUGCCUAGACUUUUCUGCCGCCUCGUACCUGCAGUGGGCCGCCGUCGCUCCGUUCCUGCUUGCGGCCGCUACCCGUCACCACAGCCUGUACGCGGCAUUGCGGGACAUGUGCGUGCAGUCGCGCGACAUGCUGCGCCAGCUGGUGUUCCCCCUCAUUGCAGCGUUUGAGCAUGGGUAUGGGACGAUGCUUGCGCAGCAGGCUGGCCACCCUCGCUAUCACAGAGCCGCUGCGACUGAGGAGGCGCCUGCGGCGACAGCUUCCCUGCACCUCACCAGUGCCUUCGUUGCUUCGGGGCGUGAAAGGCAGGAGGGUGGGCGGCGGCGGCAGCAACAGCAGCAGCGGAGAGGACCCAAGGCUUCCGCGCGUGUGCUUGAGGGCGAGGAUGGCGACGAGCAUGUCGCUGGCGUCAGCUGUUCCAGCUCCACUGAGGCGCCGUCGCUGUUGGAGCACCCGGGGAUGGCAGAGGGAGACACCAGCGAUGCUGGUCUGAUCGCGAAGCGCGCGGCAGGGACGUCUGUCAUAGAAGUGACAGACAGGCGGCAGAAAGGGGGGCGCAGAGUUCCCCGCGCGGCGCUGGCGACACCAUUGCUGCCCACCCGUGCCGGCACCUCCGAUGGUGAGGCGGCAACGCUCGGUGGCCCAACCGCGUCGUAUACGGCGUCGGCACCACACUGUCUUAUGUCUCCGCUGGAGCGUCCGCUGGAGGAGGCGGAGCGGGAGGUUUGCUCGUCGCUGUUAGCCGACAUUGCGGCCGCCGGUCCUGGUCAUCGGCGGCUCAUCUACGAGGCCAUGCAGUUGCGCAGCUUUGUGCAGGGGCUGUGGGCGGUGCCGACGGCGGCAUCACAAAGGCGCAACUCGUUGGGGGCAGCGAUGAGGCAGGACGGCACGGACACAUCGUUGGCGUCGUUGGGUGUCGUCGAGGGAGCACCGCCUUCAGCACAGCGCGCACGCGAGGCGGCGUCUAGUGGAGCUGCGUCGCAUGGGGCUACCAGGGGCAAGGGCGCUGGCUCGGGCUUCGUCGCCAUCGACGACGCUGGCGGCGUGCAAGAAGAGAUGGAGCUGCUCUUGGACGGCUUCUGCCCCUUGCCGGCGCCACUGUGGCUGCUUCCCAGCGUGUUUGGGGUGGGGCUGACGGCAGGGGACGCUGGCGGUAGCAGCGCUCACGACAACACCGGCGGUGGUGAGGGUGCGAGGGCCGGUAAAGCCCACUCCGGCGGCGUCGGACCCGGGCCGGAUGCGGCUACUCGAGGCCGUCCGCACGGCGGCCAAUCAGCCGGGCCGACCUCGCCUGCUUCCAUUGCGCCUGUCACACAGACGGCUGGAUACCGCGGUGCGCGAGUGGACGAUGGAGGCGGCGGCGUGGCAGGGCUGCCUCGGCCGUCUGCAGUCGGCCUGCCAGCUUCCGCAGCAGCUGCCCAUGACCAGCGGGCCGCGCAUAGUCCCACAACGUCCGCUGUCAGCUUCACACCUGUGACGGUGCCCACGAUAAUGCAUGUGCGAAGGUACGCCGUCCUGAAACCGGCCCCGCACCACCAGUGCGAGGAGGUCAUCUUUGUAAUGCUGUCGGACGGCUUGGUGUGCCGCUUCCGCCACGCGGCCCCGGCGGCGACUACCAAGAGCGGAGAGGCCCUCGGCGCGUGGGAGUCGCCACACGGCGCGGCGGAGUCGGCCAUCGUGCAGCUGGGCCCGCCGAGGAGAAGCGGUGCUGCCUCGGUCGGCGCUGGCGCGCAGGAUGCCCCAACCGCCAGCGGACACGCCGGGGCAGGCCGGUACGUGCUUCCCUGCGCCUUGAUGGAGCAGAUCGCCUCCCUACUCCUCAGCCAUCUUCCCUUGACACACCUGCAGCGACCGUUUGUGCUGCCUCUUGCGGUGCAGGAUUACAUGACGAUGCUGCCAGAGCACAGAACGUCGCCGCUCAUCCUCGACGCAGCAACGGCUGCGUCAGUGCGGUCGGACGACCCACAGGGAUGGCGACAUCACAUGACGCUGCUCACCGGUCCGUCAAGUGGCAGCUCGGCUGCUUCGCUCCGCACCGCAACACAGCUGCUGGCCUGGUCGUCUGACGCGACUCGCACACCGCCGUCGCUGUAUCACCUCAUGGAUGACUACACAGUGCACCUCCGCCUCCGGGAGAUGGCUUUGGCGGCGCAGGAGGCGGUGGAGGCCUACCCCGCACUCGACCUAGACGCAAUGCAGAUUGCCGCAGAGACGGGCCGGCGCCCCGGCGUAUCGGCGGACAACGCCUACCCAUUCAACUGGGCCUAUGGCUAUCCGGUGAGCGCCCCGCCAACGGCCGAGGCGGCGGCCGCGCUGACGAGCUCACACAGGUACCGCGACCUCGUACAGCGGCGCCGCAUGAACGAGGAGCGCUUUGACCAGCUUGUCGCCGCGGCCUACGAUGACGGCUGUGUUGGGCCACUCAUCGCGUUCCUUCAAGGCAUGCUCGCCGCCCGACCGCCACCGCCGCCGUCUUCGUCGUCGCCGCCAGCGCCAGCAACGCAAACUGGAGCGGCAGCGCUCGCCAACCCGGCAAGCACCACGGCGACGACGACAUCGCCGUUUUCCGCCUCCUCUUCCGCGCCAGCGCCACAGUCUUUCCGCUCGCCAGAGGAGACUUUCGCGAUGCAGCAGCGCCUCUACGCGUAUGCGGCCGUGCUGCCGCGCACAGAGGCGCACUUGCGCAGUGUCCUGGCAGCUGUUUCAGCCGUUGCCGCAGGCGGCGAGGACAACUUGACGAAGGAGUCAUCGACGCCCUCGUCUUCAUCGUCGCCGCUGUCGCCUGCCGCGUCGCCGGUCCUCAACACGAAGAAGCGGCAUUACGGACACCGGCAGACCGUCGCUGCCACACAAGCUACUCCCCUCUCGGCGCGUGAGCUGCAGGCGUGUCGGCUUGCUCUUUUCCGCUUGGAGAGCGCUCGCUGCAGGCUUGCCUUGAGCGACGCAUUCAGCGCCGACAGUAGCAAUGCGAGUCACUGGCUCGAGGCGCGCCGCACGUAUGCGAAGGAGCUGUCCGAGUGGAGCGUCAUGGAGUACCUCCUCGACGUACACACGCGCGAGUGCGGCACGGUGCUCGUGAACACAUACGAUGGCCAUGUCGCGGUGCACGCCCUGGGGCGGUACUGCCUUCAGCCGCCGCCACGGCAGAGUCGCGGUGCGUCCGCGAAAGAAACAGCGACAUAUGCAGCUGACAUCGCUCCCCUUAUCGUGAGCCCGUUCCCGACGCAUGACGCAACGCUGUUCCGCUUGACCCCGGUGCUGGUGGCUGGCCUCCCCUUGCAGAGUGCUCACGCCGCCUUCCAGUACCACGCCAGCUCCAUACUGUACGAGAUAUUUCAGUACGUGCGAGAUUUGACCGGCAUUGCCACCUACGGCGUCGACUGCGUGACGGCGUUCGCGCACGCUGCGGCGGCACCUAAUGCAGCGCCUUCGCCCUCGUCACACACCUCCUCGACAGAAACGCCGCUGUCGACGUGUAGAUCGUCGGAUUUCUCUGUGACCGCGAACGGCGACUUGUGGGCUGCUGGGCCGAGUCGUCGUGCGGCACUGCGACCAGAGGGCAGCCGUGCAUGCGCAUCGGGUUCGGUGAACGCCGGUGCCGCCUCGGAAGGCGCCCCGGAGCCGAGCGCUGCAGCGGCGCCACGACGCGCCGGCACAAAGGCCGCUGUUGCACCGACAAAGAAGCAGCGCGAGCCCCCCCCGCCGCUCGAGUCUCUGGUCAGCGUCCCCGCGGCCGUGGCCUCCACCGCGCCCUCUUCCGCUUUCGGUGCGUUCCCUGCGCGUGGCGCGGCGCUGCGCCAUCCGCACUCGCCGCUCGAUGAUGCCGCCGAUGCUUCAACGCUGCCUCUGCCGCCACGCUGCUUUGACUCUAGCUCCUUCCGAUUGAAGCUAUCAUACGAUGCGCUGCUCGUCCUGCACGAAGAGGCUGAGCGCAGCGGGCGGGCAACCAUGCUGCGCUUGCUACGCAGCCAGCGGGAGGCGACGGAGGCGCAGUGGCUGCACGUGACACCGACAAGUCCGUCCCAGGACGGAGACGACGGCAACGCUGUGGAGGCAAAGCUGUCGGCCGCGAGCCACGGUGCAACGGGGGUAGAGAUGGGCAGGGCUCUGCCGUCGCCGCUGUCGAAUGCGGCGGACGACGAUGACAACGAUGACGACGGCGCCCCGCGCUCGACGUCUGCGUUUGACUUGGCUGCCGCUAUGAUCACGGCGGCCACGGAUGAGAAGAACCUGCUCGGGGUCGAUGGUUUAUGCCCUCACACGUGGCGGCGGUGGGCACCGCACUGGUAG